CACGGGCGGUUAUAACUUCUAUCCUUCGCGCGAAGCACAGUCAGUCAGUGUCGUCUGGGAUUUUGAGCCGAGCACACGUACGCAGUUUUUUGUUUUGAAGAAAAAAAAGUAAUAAAGAUAUAAAGUACAUUGAAUAUAAAACCACACGUUUUUUUGGAGGAGUGUGUAUCGAUAUAUAAUAAUUGUAAAUCCAGCAAGGAUUAACACAGUGCCGCAGUUUUUUUUGUCGCCUCGAUAUAUAUACAUAACGAAGGAGAAUCGUUGUUCGCAACCGAAUUUUUUUCCCGAAAAUAAUUGAAAGAAUUUAACUAAACCCAUACAAAAAUGACGAUGGCAACGGAGACGGAGAACAACGGGCCGGCGGCCGAGACCAAGGACAUCAAGGAGAUGAAGGAUGCCCUGAAGGACGACGUGCUGCCCGGCGACAACAAGCAGGACGAGGCGGCCCGCGACAACAACGCCGAGAAGAAGGAGGACUCGACGGAGAAGAAGGACGCGAGCGAGACCGCGGCCGCGGCCGUGGCCACGGGUGACGCGCCCGCCGCCGGGGGUGACGCCGCCGCUCCCCAGGCCCAGGCUCAGGCCGCCGCCGCCGCGCCCACCAAGGCUCCCGGCGUGCACAAGCCCAACUUCGAGAAGGACGUGGUGUAUCUCUAUCAGUUCCCGCGUACCCCGCUGCUGCCGAGUCUGUCGAGCUACUGCCUCAAGGUCGAGACCUGGCUGCGACUCAAUGGCGUCAAGUACGAGAAUGUCGAUCACAAGAUGAAGUUCCGCUCGAAGAAGGGCCAGCUGCCCUUCAUCGAGCUCAACGGCGAGGAGACGACCGACAGCAAAUUCAUCCUGCGCGAGCUCGGCCAGAAGUUCGAGAAGGACAUCGACGCAGGCCUGAGCCAGGCCCAGAAGUCCGUCGCCCACGCGACGAUAUCCAUGAUCGAGAACCAUCUCGUCUGGGUGGUGGCGUGCUGGCGCACCAAGAACCUCGACCAGAUGCUCAAGGGCUACAAGGUCAAUCUUCAGCACGCCCUUGGCACGCGCAUCCCCAACCCCGUCCUGAAUUUCUUCUUUAAAUUCACCUUCGGACGCAAGUUGGAUUGGUUGCAGGGCGCUCGCAAAGUCAAGGCUCAGGGCAUGGGCAUCCACACUCCCGAGGAGGUCAUGCAGUUCGGUUGCGACGAUCUUAAGGUGCUCAGCGACAUGCUCGCCGACAAGCCCUUCUUCUUCGGCGACGAGCCCACCACGCUCGAUGUGGUAGCGUUCGCUAACCUGGCUCAGAUCCUUUACAUCGACAAAGACAUCACCUUCCAGCUGCGCGACUACAUGACGGAAAACUGCCCCAAUCUGGUCGGCCACUGCUCGAGAAUGAAGGAGCUGUGCUUCCCCGACUGGGAAGAAAUCUGCUCGACCCUGGACAUGAACACCCACCUGCCCAAGCCCGAGAAGACCGAGGAGAAGGAGGGCAAGGAGGAGGCCAAGGAGACCAAGGAGGCCAAGGAGUCCAAGGAGGAGAAGGAGGGCGACAAGGAGAAGGCCGAUAAGGAAGAGAAAGACGUAGAAAAGGACAAGGAGGUCGACGAGAACAAGGAGAAAGACAAAGAGGGGAAAUAAAUAAAAUUAAUAACGCACUAAGACAAUUUUAACGAUUAAAAUUAUAAGAAAUUAAAAGAACGAAGGAAA